AUGGACCGGCGACUGUGCUUUGCUUCACAGGGGAUGGGGGACGAGAAUCCCCCCGGCCCCUCAGAAUUCGGACAUCAUAAAAUGGAGCGCGAAGCGUCGGCUGAGGUUGGGAUGAAGAGGAAGCGCCCGUGGAACCUGGUCCGUCAAGAACACAAGGCGUACUUCGCUGUGCUGGCGGUGCUGUUCCAGCCGACGGCCUGCCAGGAGGCAUCUCCGGAGAUGCUUGACGCGCGACGAGAUAUCCUGAAACGCCUCAAGAAGGAGCUGCACAUCCCAGACUCGGUAUCGGAUGCCGUUCACGGGGCGCUUAAGUCCGACAAGCCCCUGCAAUGGCAGAGAUCUCUAGUCGCGCUUCAGGGCAAGGUGAAGGCAAAGCUGCCCGAGCACGCUCCGCUCAUGUUAGGAAACUUGGAGCUCUGUGUGGGUGCAGACGUGGACGUCAAAGAUUUCCAGAAGAACUGGCUGCCGGGCAAGAUCAACGGUCUUCAGGGCUCUUCGCUUUGCAUCCACUACCACGGGUGGGCCAACAAGUGGGACGAGUGGGUCGACGUUUCGCACGGCCGCGUUGCCCCCAGGGAGACGUACACCUCGAAGGCGGCGUGGGGCAGGCGUAAGCACAACGGGAAGCAGCGGCUCUGACUCUCUCUCGUUUUUUGGCCAGUGCCAGCUGCCACGGACUACACCGUGAGGUUGACAGAAGAUACCACGUCCCUUGGACCGAUUAUUGUUGCUCGAUUACUCUGCAGCAGAAACAGCGACUGUGCCGAAAGUGGCGUCUUGGCGAAUGUCUCUUCGAGAGCAUUCCGACAACCCAUUAUUUAGGUUUGACACAUUUUAUUGUGUUGAGUAUUCGAGCUUUGUAGAAUCGGUCCAGAGGGCGUGUGGUAUCUUUUGGACCCUGCGGUUUCACACCGCCAAAGAGAAGGGGAGUCGAUUGGUUCCAAUACGUCAAACGGAACGAUUGAGGGAGAACCCUGAGGACCUAUUGAUUAGAUUGAUUCGUGGAACCUCGUCACUCGGGGUGCGAAAGAGGCAGGGGCGGAGCAACUUCCGCUGUGUUUCUGUCUUGCGCUUGGGUUGUGGUGGUACCGCGUGAGUGCAGGCCCGAGGUGGACCGUCCACCACAACAGCGGGUCGAAUUCAUCGCUUUGCCGUCCCACGACACAGGCAUGGAGUCGCUUAUGUACCGCCCGGAUUUUUUCAAGACGCACUACUCUAGUGGCAUGGAGUCGGUUUGGAAUCUCCCGAAUGUGACAUUUUGGUAUCUCCCGAAUGUGACAUUUUCAACAGGUAGGCGUACGUACGAUGCGGGGCGACGUUUGUUUCUUGUGUCGUGUUAGUAGACGGAGGUGCGGACCCGCGGGUAAGCUGGUGGGGAAUGGACGGUUGGGGAGAACUCAAAAACGAAACUUUCACCCUGUGAAGUCGGCGUGACGUUUGGUUUCUGUUCGUCAUAUUUUUGUCGAUUGUCAACUGGAGCAGUUUUUUUUCCGUGUUCCUCGUGUUGGCCUUUUUAUCAUGUAGAACAGGAGCUCCAUAACCUUUUUUUGGUUGCAUGCCUCGCCACUGGAACAAGGUGUUGCAACGGGUUGUUCUCGAGAUGAAGAGACAUCUAUCACGGAGGUAGAAAACAUGCAGGGAUACGCCGUCAUGAAACGUCGGCCUGCGACGCGGGGGUGCACGCAGAAUGUGUGGCGGUGCGUUGGAGGUGAUGAAAGUUGGCGGAGAGUGGCUUGAUUGUACCCGAGAGGGAAAGCGGGUGGCUAGAUCCCAGCAAUAGGCGCCGUUGUUGGAUUGUCAUCGUUGUCAAUAGUGUAGGGCACCUGUCGAAGGCGAGCCGGAGCAAGAUGAGAGGGUGCGGCGAGAACGUCAUAUCUCACUUCAGCACAAGCCUGGAUGGGUCUGGUUUCGUGUAUGGCGCACGCGACGGGCUUGGAGGUCUCGUUUUUGCCGGCAUACCCUUUCCUCGAGUUCAUGACGAGACAGGAAUAGCAGUAUCCUUGAUUUCUGCAGGCGUUGAUAUGCCGGGAGCUUGCAAACCUCGCGACUGCGACCAGCUCCCUGCCCCUGCUCUUAAUCGUGGUUUUGUCUUGGGUUGGAUUUUCCGGGGGGUGUCGGUGUUGGCGAUAGCGUUGUGGAGGUAAGGCGUCGGGCGAAGGGUGUGUGUGGUACAGUACUCCUGUACGUGUAACGAAGAGUGCUCUCGAGUG